AGCUGGCAUCAUACAAGAAUCCAUUUAUGUUGACUAAGGACACUGGAAGACUGACGAUCAGAGAAUUUUCAGUCUGAAACUUGCAUCCCUACUUUGAACAAUAGAACCUUAAUUGGCAUAAGCUGCUCAUACAGACAAAAAGCAUUAUCUAUCACAAUAAGCACAUUUUUACUUGUAUCACAACUGGACAUUGUGACUCGAAAAGCUCCUGUGACAAAAUUCAAGAAGAUCUUAUAUAAAUGAGUAACAACUCAACAUGCCUUCAACCAUCCAUGAUCACUUCCAGAGCUUUACCAGUCACUUACACCAUUCUUUGUAUUUUUGGUCUCUUUGGAAACUCACUCUCUCAGUGGGUAUUUCUGACAAAAAUAGGUAAGAAAACAUCCACACACAUCUACUUGGCACAUCUUGUGACUGCAAACUUACUUGUGUGCAGUGCCAUGCCCUUCAUGGGUAUCUAUUUCCUGAAAGGUUUCCAAUGGGAAUAUCAAUCUGCAGAAUGCAGGGUGGUCAAUUUUCUGGGAACUUUAUCAAUGCAUGUAAGUAUGUUUGUCAGCCUCUUAAUUUUAAGUUGGAUUGCUGUGAGCCGCUAUGCUACUUUAAUGAAAAAGGAUUCCACCCAAGAGACAACUUCAUGCUAUGAGAAAAUAUUUUAUGGCCACUUAUUAAAAAAAUUUCGCCAGCCCACCUUUGCUAGAAAACUGUGCAUUUACAUAUGGGGCAUUGUACUGGGCAUAAUUAUUCCCAUUAUCAUAUACUACUCAGUUGUAGAGGCCACAGAAGGAGGAGAAAUCUGGUGCUACAAUCGGAAGAUGGAACUGGGAGCCAUGAUCUCUCAGAUUGCAGGUCUCAUUGGAACCAUGUUCAUUGGAUUUUCAUUUUUAGUAGUGCUAACUUCGUACUACUCUUUUGUCAGACAUCUGAGAAACAUAAGGGCCUGUACAUCCAUUAUGGAGAAAGACUUGACUUACAAUUCUGUGAGAAGACAUCUUUUGGUCAUCCAGAUUGUACUAGUAGUUUGCUUUCUUCCCUACAGUAUUUUUAAACCUAUUUUUUAUAUUCUGCAUCAAAGCAAGGACUGUCUGCAAUUGAAUUAUUUAAUAGAAACAAAAAAUAUCCUCACUUGUCUUGCUUCAGCCAGAAGUAGCACGGACCCCAUUAUAUUUCUUCUCUUAGAUAAAACAUUCAAGAAGACACUAUGUAAUCUUUUUACAAAAUCUAAUUCACCACAUAUACAACCACAUGAUUGACUUCCAGAUGGAAAAACACCACAGAAUAGAAAAAUGUUCAUGUGGCUAUUAGGGACAUUAAAGAAAAUAAUUUACAUGCCAUAUCUUGGUU